AUGGGAGGCGCUCUGGUGCAGCUGGUGGUGGCGUUCGUUGGAUUACAGGCCACCCUCGGUACCUUCCGGCAGAUUGUGACCGGAAACCCAGCGGCAGGAUCAUUCAUCAGCGUGCCAACCACGGUCAAGCGGUACGAAAACGAUACCGUCCUUCUACCAUGCUAUCACAAUGCACCGUACCGGUACGUGCGCUGGUCCCGGGAUGAUCUGCUCCUGCUGGAUUCACGCUAUCCGGAUCUACAGCCACCACCCCGUAUGCGCCUGUGGCCGAACGGUAGCCUCGAGGUGACGGAUGUACAAACCGAGGACACCGGAGACUACACGUGCGAGAUCAUGACCGACGGCGGGAAGGCCUCACAGCGUCACGCCAUCGAGGUGCAGUAUCAAGCCACGGUUGCGAUCUAUCCCGAGGAUUCGAUCGACAUCCGUGUCGGGCAGAUACUGGAAGUCGCCUGUGUCGUCGGUGGAGUCCCGCAACCGUUUAUCAAGUGGAGCAUGCUGAAUGUGCAUCUCCCGAAUCUCGACAACGAGCCCAAACUGAGCUUGUUGGUUGAGUAUCGCAAUUUCUCCGGUCCGGUCCAGUGUACGGCUACGAAUGGUGUUGGCGAACCUGCCGCCGCCUCGGUGGAAGUCAUUGUGAAUUUUGUGCCGGAAAUCGAUGUUAAGAACCCAACCGUCCAUACGCGCGUCGGAGAGACCGGUAUCCUGGAGUGUCUGGUGACGGCACAUCCGAUCGCAUCCAUCCACUGGUUCCACCAUGGCCUACCGGUGGUGUUUGACCGGCGUAUCGUCAAGCUGGACGCACUGGUUGCUAAACAUCAGUACCACACUGUACAGCGGCACCAGCUGGCGAUCAGGAACCUGCGCGAUUCGGACCUCGGUCAGUACGAGUGUAAGGCAAGUAACAGGAUCGGUUUCACGAGUGCUCAGCUCGAGCUGACCGGCCGGCCAAUGGUGGCGAGCUUCAAACCGGCCGCCGAGAUGUCAUCACCCACGACGCACAACUUCAUCUGGCAGACGGAGAGCUUCUCGACGCUGAUCGAGUACAAGCUCAAGUUCCGCCGGGUACCAUCGGGCAAUGUGACGCCUUUCCGAAGGACACUACCCCAGCUGGCGUGGAAUGAGCUGAUCAUCCCGUCGGACGGUUCGUACGGGCCGUUGUACUCGAUUGGGUACACGUUGAAGGGUUUGCAGCCGACGAGCGUGUACGAGGUGAUCGUUCAGUCACGCAACCGGUACGGGUGGAGUGAUCCAAGUAACAUCCUGCGGUUCGCGACCGGUGGCGAGAUCGAGAUUGAUGCUGGCAGCGAGGACACCUCACCGUCACCGGAUGGGCAAACGACGGAGGCACUCGAGUACAGCGAACCCGAGCUGGGUGAGGUCGGUGAUGGUGGUCUGAUCACGGACAACAUGGUUCCGACCGACUUCUUCGAGUACACCGCAGAAGGUGGCGUCGAUCGUCUGGGAGUUGUGGCAACUUCAACGCUCUGUCUGCUGGUGCUAGCGUUGGUCAUCUGUGGAAUGAACGGAAUAAAUGAUUUGUAGUAAUUAAGCAAACCAGUAAAAAGAAAGGAAAUC